UAUGAAGACCAGCUGAUUAGUCCAAAGCAGUUUGUGCACAUUUCUGGAAAAGCCACUCUGAAGGACUGGAAAAGAGCCAUCAGGAUGGGGGGAGUCAUGCUGAGGAAAAUGAUGGAUUCAGGUCAGCUGGACUUCUACCAGCACAGCACUCUGUGUACCAACACGUGUCGCAGCACCAAGUUUGACCUUUUAAUCAACAACACUCGCUUCCCUCCGGACGGCGCCAGCCUCACCACGCCCACAUCGUCUCAAGCCCAGGUGGUUCUGGGGAUCGACGGCGUGGCGACUGAAGAUCGAGUGGAGGUCCCGGGCAGGAAGUCGGACUGGAGCUCCAGUUCUCUGGAGUCUGCAGACAAGAAGGGCUGCAGUGAGAUGUCAGAGGACACGCUGAACUUCUGGAGGGGCAUCGCCGAUGUGGGUUUACUGGGCGAAGUGGUGACCAACAUCAACACCGAGCUGGUGCAGAUGCUGAACAGUGUGCUGCAGCGCAGAGAUGUGCCUACCCUGCAGGAAACAGAUUCCUGUCUGGUAGAGGUGGCCGUGCUCAGCAACAUCGCCCAAGUCUUCGGCCUGCUGGACUCCGUGAAGAAGAUUCUGGAGACGAGGAGGCUGCAGACGGACCCCAGCCAGCAGCAGAUCCUCUGCACGCUCAGCAACCUGGAAGCUCAGUUAGAAGAACAACGAAAGCAGCAGCAGGUCCGAGCUCUUCUCUCCAACCCGCAGUCCUCCAAAACCAAACCCGCCGCCAAGCGCCCGUCCAAGCGCCCCCGCCUGCAGAGGCCCGCCUCCACCACCACGCUGCUGGCGUCCCCCAUCAGCCAGCAGCCCCAGCAGUUCACCGUCCUGUCCCCCAUCUCCCUGUCCUCGGUGGGACAGCCGUUCACGGUGACGGGCCUGCCCGUGGCCUCCCUGGCUCGCUCCUCCAACACGGUCACCCUGCUCCCCGCCGGCUCGCAGCUCUUCACCCGCUACAUGGUGGCGGGGGACGGGAAGAGCGACGCCAUCGCCCUCCACCCCUCGUCGGGCCUCACGCUGGUCGGGACCGCCGCCRUGCAGGACUCCGGCCAGCUGGGAGCGGUGAUGAGCCCCGUGGAGCUGGUCCACCUGAGCCAGCAGGCGGGGGGCGGGGAGGUGUUGGACGGCACCGUCCUGGUGCAUCAGGAGGUGGAGGCCGGCCCGGAGCACACGGUCAUCGAGAUCAACCCCACGCCUGUGGAGCAGGCGGUGAUGGAGCUGCAGCUGGCCGCCGAGCCCGGAGGAGACGAGGCCACCGUGGUGGUCCAGAGCGGCAUGGAGGUGACGAUGGAGGGAGAGGCGCAGCAGGCGCAAACUGAGGGGGUUCAGGGGCUGCAGCUGGACGCUGGGGGACCUCUGUCAGACGUUCAGAUCUUAGUGAUCGAAGAAAACACCCAGGAUGAAAACAAGGACAAGUGAGGCGGGGCUUCUUCUCCACGGCAGGUAGAAACUCCCAGAAUCAGCUGACACGCUCAUCAGACUGUUAGAGCCAAUCAGAGCUCCUCACUGAUCCUCACAGCUCCUCACACCUGACUCCUUAACUCCUCACACCUGACUCCUUAACUCCUCACACCUGACUCCUUAACUCCUCACACCUGACUCCUUAACUCCUCACACCUGACUCUUAACUCCUUAACUCCUCACACCUGACUCUUAACUCCUUAACUCCUCACACCUGACUCUUAACUCCUCACACCUGACUCUUAACUCCUAACACCUGACUCUUAACUCCUAACACCUGACUCUUAACUCCUCACACCUGACUCUUAACUCCUCACACCUGACUCUUAACUCCUCACAUUUUCAGCAGAAACACGGUGCAGACUUUACUGCAGUAAACCCAGCUUUACUGUAAACACAGCUGAAGUAACCGUUAAGACCGGUGCCCACAUGACUCGCUGGUCACUUAGUGGCUAAACUCAGACUUGAGUGACAGCAGUGAAACAGCCACUGUUGGAGACAUGAUUACGUAUGCAUGUAAUGCAGACUAUAUAAAGAAUAAAUUGUAAUAAACGAACAUUCUUUAAGCCCCGCCCCUUAAACAAAGCAAAGAGCGACUGUGAGCAGACAGUCUGGUGAUUUGUCUGUGAGUUCAUUAAGUGUUGGAGGCUGAGGCUGGGGGACAACUGCACUGUUGUAUGUUGGUGUUUUUGCACAGCCUAACGUCCUUCAGGGACGACGGGACGGCGUGAGCGUCUCUUCAGAGCGAGGCCCAUCUGCUGGGCUUUCUGUUUUGUCAGAGGCGAGUGGAAACAGACUGAACUGCAUCACUUUGGCACUUAUUCUCAGUGUUUUUAUUUUCCUUACCUAAAACUCCGAUGCUUGCUCUCAGCAUGACAGAUGAUGUGAGCUGUGAUCGUUGGAGUUAGGGCUCCAUAUGCUCACCGUCAGAUUCGCCUGGUUUGCAUCUGUAAAUUAGUGACAUAUUUAUUGGUUUUCAAACUGUUUGAGGUUUAAGUGUGGAUUUAAUUUAACACUUUUCUUUACAGCUCACAAGGCUUGUUCAAUAAUUUAAUUUAACAAAUGAGAGAGUUGGUGUACAUGAUUUGUAAUGUGUUUUAAUAUCUGAGGAAAAUAAAAAUGGUGUUUUACCACCA